AAGAAACCGGAGAACCCGGAUAAAACCUGAACAGGCACGGAGAUGGAACCAGGUACAGUGCCAUUUUGCAUGAUGCCAUUUUCAGUAUCAUUUGGAUUGUGUAUUAUUAUUAUUAUUAUUAUUAUUAUUAAAUCUGAAUGGUGAUUAUCAACAUAAAGAGAGAAUCUUGUUUGCUGUUGAGUGUGUCAUGUGAUUUGAGUACAAGCGUUAUACCGGGAUAAGGAUUAACCGCUCGGUGUGCCAACCUCCACCCAGUACAUUAUAUAUCAAAUCAGCCGGCUGUUUGACUACAAGUGACCACGCGUGCCUCAGGAUGCACUCCACACGCACGACACUUGAAGUAACCAGGUGUACACAGGGUCAGCAAUUCUGCAGAAUGAAACAUUAAUGCAACACAAAGUUGCAAGUCAUACUUCACUCUGUAUCGGACUCGAAGCCGUCAUUACCGUGGCUUUCGAAGUCAGUGGAAGCUGAUCUGUGGUUAGUAUAGUACACCGUUUCCAAAAUGGACAACUUGGACCGUUUUGUGUUCACGGCUAAAAGCAUAGUGGACAUUAUCGUGAGCCGUUAUGCAUGUUGUCAUUUGUAGAUAAUAGUUUUAGCAGUGUCGGAGCUGUUGGUGUCACGUGACUCUCACAAGCGUCAUGUGACCCACGGCAGUCGUCCUGAUCUCGAUAAGACUUUAACGCAGAUCUCUCGUCCUUGUCGUUCAAACUCGGCCGCAGGUUUUUGUUUAUGCCGCAGUCACACUAUUUGACAUACAAGAAGGCUGUGUUUCCAAAACAUCAGCUGAUUUGGCCUCAUGCGUAUAUUAGUGCUUAUGUAAGAUGACAUGCCAGGGUUGAUAUUUGAGCCUGAGUGUUUGUUCCAGAGGUUCAGACCACUACGCUUACAUUUACGUUUGUGGCAUUUGGCAGACGCCCUUAUCCAGAGCGACUUACAGAAGUCUCCAUCAAGAAAUACAUCCCGAUACUGGUUCACUAGGUGACGAACUGAGAAUACCUUCAGCCUUAACCCUCUUACCCCGUAUGGCCGAAAAACCGGCUUGCCCGUCUUUGAUCUAUUCCCGUAAGGACGAUAUACCGGCUUGGUCGUCUAUGCCAAAUACCCGUAAGGCUGAUAUAGCGGCUUUACAGUGUAAACGUUAUCCCCGUAAGGCCGGUGUACCGGCAUUACUCUGCUAUGAUUCCUUACUUAUUUAAUUAUUAUUUUUUAACCUGGAAGGUUGAUGACGUCAUGACGUCACCACGUGAUUACAUUAUUACGCCAGCAUUACGAUGAAGAUCCAAGCGUGAAUAUUGGUGUAAUAGUAGAAGUGAACUAAAAAUGCCAAAGCGAAAAGCUAAUCAGGAUUCUAGAUAGUGACAGCAGUGAAAGUUCAGGCGAUGUUGAAACCGAAACCGAUAGAGACGCAAACUCUCCUGAUUCAGACCCUGAUCCGUCUUCAUCUUCAGCAUCAACCAGUGCGACUGACACUGCAGGGGUCUGGAGUCAUAACCUGACCAUCUCUGUGCAUUCGUGAAAACACUACCUGCAGGUCUGAUUAUCACCAGAAACUUGACUUUUGGCACUAAAAUGCAUUUAUUUAUUUAUUUAUUAUUUACUUGAAUUUAUUCAAAGGCAUUGACCACGCUGAUGCUCGUAUGGUACUUCUAAAUGAGUAUAAGGAUUUUAGCGAGCAUUUUUCGUCAUUUCUCUAGUUAAGAAUUGUGCUCUAAGUGGAGUAAAAACACUGAACUGCUUCAUUUUCAAAGUAAUAUUACACAAAUACAUAAUUAUAAGUUGUUUCAAGGCCUAAAAAUGUUCAAAUUAAAAUGUUGAUUUUGUGGCCAAUUUUGGCCUGGGAACUCAGGGUUGGCGUGCUGUUUCUAUGGGGAAUAUAGGGUUGUGGGACAUAAUACUGUGGGAACUAAGGGGUAAGAGGGUUACAACUCUGUUAAGAUAAGAUAAACUUUAUUGAUCCCACACUGGGGAAAUUCCCUCAUUACAGCAGCUCAAUUACACAAAACAGAUAAGAAAGAAUAGAAUAGAAAAAAUGUCUAAUAUAAAUGAAUAGAAAAAUAAGAAUAAUAGUAGUAAAAAAAAAUAGUAACGGUAAUAUGUACACUAUGAACACCUCAGUGUUGUUACAGAUGAAUAAGAAACACCUCAUUUAUAUACAGAUAAGUGACAAAUGGAAUAUUGCACAGUUCACAGUAGAGGGUGAGCAACAAAUAGUAAUAAAUGAAUAAAUAUACAUAGUGCAGAAUUUUAUUUUUACCCAGCUAGCAGUGCUACAUUAUGUUGUUAUUGAUAAGAGAUGGAUGGAAUAUUGCAUAGUUCACAGUUGGGAAGUAAUAUAGUAAGAAAAACACACAGACAACAAUUAAUUUUUUUUUUAAUGAGAAGUGAUAAUUUAAGUGCUUUAGGAAGAGGUAGAUCUUUAGACGUGGUUUGAAGACCGUCAGUGACUCAGCUUUUCAGGCAUCUAGGGGAAGUUCAUUCCACCACCUAUGUACCAGAACAGAGAAGAGUCUUGAUGCAUGCCUUACUUGUGGGUCCAGUCGAGCGGUGCUAGAGGAUCCGAGGGAGCGUGUUGCAGUGCGGGGUGUGAGAAGUGAUUUGAGGAAGUCACAGCCACCAGUCGUCAUUAUGUUGACCGGCUGUUCGACCCCGACCCACAGAAAGUGCUGCAAGGAGUCAUUGACAUGAAGAAUGCUGUGAUUGGAAACAACAAACAGAAGGCCAACCUGAUUGUUCUGGGAGCCGUGCCCAGGCUCCUGUAUUUACUCCAGCAGAGCUCGUCCAGUGCAGAAUUGAGGACAGAGUGCGCAGUAGUUUUAGGCAGCCUGGCCAUGGGCACCGAGAACAACAUCAAGUCCCUGGUGGACUGUCACAUCAUCCCCGCCCUACUCCAAGGUCUCUUGUGUCCUGACCUGGUGUUUAUCGAGGCUUGUCUGCGCUGUUUAAGAACAGUCUUCAUCAGUCCUGUCACGCCGGUGCAGCUACUCUACACGGACCCCACUGUGAUCCCUCACCUGAUGUCUCUGCUGAGCCGGUCCCAACGCACACAGGAGUACAUCACCCAGAUCUUCUCUCACUGCUGCAAGACUCCAGAGCAUCAGACAGUUUUGUUCAACAAUGCUGCAAUCGAGAACAUCGCGCCACUGCUCACGUCACCAUCCUAUAAGGUACGAAUGCAGGCGUUAAAAUGUUUCUCCGUCCUUGCAUACGAGAACCCUCAGGUCUCCAUGACGCUGGUGAAUGUGCUGGUGGACGGCGAGCUGCUCUCUCAGGUUUUUGUGCGAAUGAUGCAAAGAGAUAAACCCAUUGAAAUGCAGCUGACAGCAGCCAAAUGUUUAACUUACAUGUGUCGAGCAGGAGCCAUCAGGACAGAUGACUGCUGUAUCACACUAAAGACUCUACCGUGCCUGGUGCGCAUGUGCAGUAAGGACCGGUUGUUGGAGGAGCGGGUGGAGGGGGCGGAGACGCUGGCCUACCUGAUGGAGCCUGAUGUGGAACUCCAGAGGAUAGCGAGCGUCACGGAUCACCUGGUGGCCAUGCUCGCCGACUACUUCAAAUACCCCAGCUCGGUCAGCGCCAUCACCGACAUCAAGAGGCUGGAUCACGACUUGAAACAUGCGCACGAACUGAGGCAAGCAGCCUUCAAACUUUACGCCUCUCUCGGCUCAAACGAUGAAGACAUUAGGAAAAAGAUCACCGAGACGGAGAACAUGAUGGACAGGAUAGUGAGUGGCCUGUCCGAGUCCAGCAUAAAGGUCCGCUUAGCUGCAGUCAGAUGUCUCCACAGUUUGUCACGGUCAGUACAACAGCUGAGGACGAGUUUCCACGAUCAUGCAGUGUGGAAGCCGCUAAUGAAGUUGUUACAGAAUGCCCCAGAUGAAGUGCUGGUCAUGGCCUCUUCAACACUAUGCAACCUGCUGCUGGAGUUUUCACCCAGCAAAGAGCCCAUUCUGGAGUCCGGAGUGAUUGAUUUACUAUGCAGCUUAACACAAAGCGACAGUCCUGCACUGAGGGUCAACGGCAUCUGGGCUCUCAUGAACAUGGCUUUCCAGGCUGAUCAGAAGGUCAAGGUGGAGAUCAUGAGAGCACUGGGGACAGAACAACUCUUCCGGCUCCUCUCGGACCCUGACUCCAACGUGCUCAUGAAGACUCUGGGACUGUUACGUAACCUGCUCUCCACACGACCACACAUAGACCAGAUCAUGAGCUCCCAUGGUAAGCAGAUCAUGCAGGCAGUCACAUUAAUCCUGGAGGGAGAGCACAGCAUAGAGGUGAAAGAACAGACUUUGUGCAUACUGGCCAACAUUGCUGACGGAAACACAGCCAAGGAGCUCAUCAUGACAAAUGACGACAUGCUUCAGAAAGUCAAGUACUACAUGGGGCAUUCCAAUGUGAAGCUGCAGCUGGCUGCCACCUUCUGCAUUUCCAAUCUGGUGUGGAAUGAGGAGGACGGUUCCCAGGAGAGGCAGGAUAAAUUAAGGGAAAUGGGUUUUGUAGAUAUUUUACACAAGCUCACCCAGGCAUCAGAUCCUAACCUCUGUGACAGAGCAAAGACAGCGAUGCAGCAGUACUUGGCGUGACCCUGAGCAAAGGCAGCCAUCACUGAGAGGAUUGCCGCCCCUCCCCCCUCCCCCUGUCUCUCUUCUGUUUCAGUUCUUGGAGUUUUGUUUUGUUGCACAAGACACCUUUCGAAACUAUGGAGACUUUCCCGAUCAAUGCCAUAACCUAGAGACGUGGUUGCCAGGGGCAAUGGAACACUUGCGAACAUGUCUUCUACUAUUUUUUCUGCUGAACUUGUAGAAGAUGGGUUUUUGUGGCUUUUUCCUCGUUUUUUUUUGUUUGUUUGUUUUUGUUUUUUUUUGUUUUUCAUUUUUGGAUUUCGGACAGUAAUUUGAUUUAAAAAAACAAAACAAAAAACAGGACUUUAAUCUGCUUGUGCUGCAGUGCCACCCGGUGGUUUGGAUGCUUUGGUGCUUUGGACUUCGUCUCAGACUGCUAAGCUAAACAGACUAAUGGCAGGGUCAAAGGGAGCGUUGUCUCCUUAUUUCAGUUUAUUUCAGUUUGACUUGUUAUUGAUAUUAUUAUAAUUAUUAGCAUUAAUUAUUAAUUUUGUUUUAAGAGGGGCUUCAUUAAGAGAGGACAAAGUAAAAAAAAAAGACUGCUUUUUGUGGAUACAUACCUCGUAAAUAUCUCUCUCUCGCUCUCUAAAUAUAUAUAUAUAUAUAAAUAUAAAUAUAUAAAUAUAUUUUUUGAUUUAUAAUUUCCCCCAAGAUUUUCUUUUCUUUGUGUUCUUUCCUCUAAAUGAUUAUUUGUAGGGGACGAGGACAAUAUGGUAGAAGCUGAAGUUGUAAGAACUGCUUUCUUGUGGGGGUGAAAUGAGCAGACGUGCAUUAAAAAUAAUAUAAAGAAUUUAAAAAGCCACUAAAAAGUAAAGGUGUGCUUAAAUCACCUUGAAUCUCUGCUUUGCAACUUGCAACGUAGCUCUGUUCCGGCUCGAUCUUUUCAACAUCGUAUUUUAUUCAUUUUUUUCCUAAUUUAUGACAUUUAGUUUUUUGGUUUCUUUUAAAACGAUUUUGUUAUUUUUAAUGCCGUUCUGUGAACAUUCCCCCAGUCACAUGUACCUGAACUGCCUCAGUUUUCAAAAUACAAAAGCAGAAUAUAUCCAAGACUAAGACUAACAGGUGGAAGAUGUUGCUCUUGGUUAUACUGUCUUUGUUGUUCUCUUGAGCAGAGUCUGCCUCCUUAUUAUCCGUAACUUCCAGAGUUUACUCCUUCAUUUGCAAAUUGACAAUGAAUGCUCCCCUUGAAAUAUAUGCGGACCACUGCCACGGAGCCGGCCACCGCUUACUGUCUUUUGUCCUACUUGAGAAGCACCUGGUUUGCACCUGAAGAUCUAGAUCAGGUUAAAAGUGGUUUAGUUCACUUGUAGAGUGUUAGAUAAUCCAUUUCCCUAAAACCUUUAUCAGGCAUGGAGCAAAUAACAAAUUUAAGCUCUCACUCUUAACCUGCCUACCAGGUACUGGGUUUUGGUGGGUUUUAAUCCUGACACGCGAGAAUCACAUACAGCAUUGUUUUAUGUAGCGUGUAUGCUGUACUACAGUGCUCACCAAUCCUGUUCCUGGAGAUCUACCUACCUGCAGGUUUCAUCUCCAAGCAAGAUCUAACACACCUGUUUUAGCUGAUCGAGAACUUCUUAAGGCAAUGAUUAGAUGGUCAGGUGGGCACAAUUAUGGUUGGAGCUGAAGUCUUCAUGAGGGUAGAUCUCCAGGAACAGGGUUGGUGACCACUGCUGUAGUAUCACUGGGUUCAUUAACCUGGUGUAACUCAUGUAUUACUGACAUCAGCAUGUCUAAGAAUCAAACAUGCAGAGAAGACCAACAUGCAUCAGUCACAUCAUUACACUAUUUGGGAUUUGAUGGAAGGACAGGAAACUAGUAAUGUUACUGUGCUUUGAAGGCCUGGCUAAUGUAAUUCCUCUGGGCCUGAAGACUGGAUGAGAGUGGGAUGGAUCCUGUGCCCCGCACACCUUGCAGGGACAUGAUGAUAAGAUACUCUUGGUCAAAGUUUCAUCCCCUUUUCAUUAUACCUGCUUGUCUCAUCCAGUCACCUCUGAAUCCCUCAGUGUUUGCUGAUUGGAUCAUAUCUGCAUGCGAGCUUAGACGUCUUUGAACUCACCUUUGGUGAAAUAAACCGAGUUCUGCAAUUUAUGAAGCUCAUUUCUUGCGUGAAUUGUAAAUGAGUCAGUAGGACUCUGGAGUGCAUGCUACCUAAAACUUGGGGAUAUGGAGACAGAUCUGUAAAAAAAUAAUAAUAAUAAUAAUAAUAAUUCAUUCCAAAUUUCCCAACCCAAUUAUAUUUACACUAUACAACGUGCUCUAGCUUUUUCCCCCCAUCCAACACCCUGGAUUGACACCAGCACUGCUGCAAAUGUCACCAUCCAGCACAGUCAGUCCUGUAUGACCUACAAUAUGUCCAAGCUGUCUGUCUGGCACAGCUUGUCAAGAGCAGUUAAUCCGAACACACUGUCUCACCAUUAUAAUUCUGCGUCCUGCGUGUUCCUGGAACUGCACAGUUGGGUAUUGGUGUGAACCCUGUCCUACAGUACAUAAACAAGCCUAUGUGGUUGGCCUUUGCAGUUGAUUGUGUAUUCUGCUAGAUUGCUUGGAGUCCUUUUCAAAGCAGUUAAUCUCAGUGAAUUAUGGAGGCUAUUUGCUUGAUGGU